AUGUCGUUCCCGGACCACAGCUCCCAGCUGGGUGCGGGACCCGAUUUGAAAAACAUUGAGGUUAUGCUGAAUCACUCCGAGCUCUUCAGGGCAGAGUGUAAAGGGCUGAUCCUGGAGACUGACAAAGCAUGGCGGCGCAUGCAAAAUGAUGACAAAAAGCGACUCGAUCAGCGGGUCAGAGAUAUCCAGUUUCUGAUAAAGGAAUUGGAGCUAAAGCUGGAGGAGGUCAUUCUGGAGACUGAUGCUCUUAUAACUUUACAGAGCAGUGUUGUGAAGGCUCUGGAGGGCACCAAAGAGCCUCUGAGAGUCACUGUUCUCUGUCUGGAGGAGAGGAUGAAACGUGCCCCGGCUGAGAGGGUGGAGGAUGAGGUGGAAAGAGAGCUGCUGAAGGAGCAGGAGGUUCUCAAGGGAGUGGCUUCCCUCCUGGAGCGUACAGUGGAGCAGAUGAGUGAACAGAUUCGACUGAACCGAUCUGCCAAGUACCAUUUAGAGAAGGAUCUGAAGGAGAAAUCUGAGGCCCAGCACAUUGACAACUCCUGUGUUGUAAUGACCACCCAUUCCAUCGGUAACCUGCAGCUGUCCACAACUAAGAGCACCGGUCUGCCUAGCUUGACAGUGACUCCAAAGCAGUGGGAGAACAUCUCAGAUAUCAACAUAGCUAAAGCAGAGCACCAGAAGUCCAACUCUGAGUCCAUGAGGGUCCUGGUGCAGUCUGUCCUGGAGCAGACAGCUGCUGACAUGCAGAAGCAGUUCCAGGCUACAACAACUGCCUUCCAGACACAUAUCCAGGAAAUCAAGUCUGCCAAGAGCCAGAUGGAAGAGAAACUGCCCGAGAUUCUGUCUGAGAUAUCCAGCCAGGAGAGGCUCAGAGAGGAUCUUCAAGUGGCCAUCACAGAGAAUGAGCAUUCCCUGAAUCUGGCAAAGACCCGGCUGGCUAUGCGUCUCCAGAGGCCCGGCAAGGAGCAGUGCUACGAUCUAGCCCAGGCUCAGCUCCUCACUGAAAUCCAGCACCUCACCUCUCACAUCAAGAAACUGCGUGAGGAAGCAGCUCAGUCACAGGAGCAGCAGAGGGCGCUAGUGCGCUGCAAGCUGAGGCUGGAGGAGGAUGUCGAUAUGAAGGCCAGCUCUAUCUACAUUGACGAAGUCAUCUGCACUCAGCUCAGGGAGCCUGUCAGGAUACAUACAUUCUGA